AUGUCGGCGGAGAACGGGGAAAUGCAGGGGUGGCUUUACCUCAUCCGAUCUAACCGGCUGGGGCUCCAGUUCUCCCGCAAGCGCUACUUCAUCCUCGAGGGCAAUUCCCUCAAAUGCUUUAAAUCCGUUCCUUCGUCCAGCACGGAGGUGUGGCUCCCCUUCUCUUGUCUCGUGUCCUCCUUUUCCUCGGUCAUUUCUGUGCAUGAUGAAUAAAAUGCGUCUAAUGGGUGAAUUCGACAUGCAUGUAUUUCUCUUUGCGGAAUAUUCGAUGCAAUUUCAACGGUGGAAGAGAUUGAAGGGGGGAGGGGAGCAGAAAAAAAAAAUCCAUGAUGAAUUUUAUCCUCCAGGUUAACGAUGUACAUGGAAAUUGAAUUCGGGUGACAAAAACAUAACCAGACUGCAUCUGGACAUAUCAUCGAUUCCUUUGAACCUCAAACCGAGUGGGCAAGGAGAAAUUUUUCCUGCGUUUCUGCUUCCGUUUUUCAAGGAGGCGUACGUAGUUUGCCUUUUUGGGGGAGAAGGCUGAUCAAUGGAAGAAAAUAAAUUCUAUAUUCCACAUUCUGAUCCACAGUCAGAUGUUUGGAGGAUGGAGGCCUUCGUUGACCCCCCCCACCCACCCCCCCCCGACUUCUUUUUGGUUAUUUUGGAUUCAAAAGCUGUCUGUCCAUAAUGAAAGAGAACAGUUGAUGCUUCUCAGCGACUAAAUUGCUUGUAACCCAGUUGAUGCUUACAAUCAUUAAAGGUCUUUAAAAUUGGUUUAUUAUAUAGCCUGUAAUGUUCUGCGUCAGGCUCCUGCAUAGUUGGAGUAUGGGGAGUUCUUAGCUUCAUGUUUUCUUUCAGAGAGUGGAUUUUCCUCUUUCUGGUUUCCGACAGGUAAUGCUGGAUUUUGCUGGGCGAUAUUUUGAUCCUGUAUGGCUGCUCUAUGGCCGUCCCUCCUUGGCCUGCCUCUCAUCAGCUUCAUACAAGAAUGCUAUGCAGAUCAGUCUAGGACGGCUGCUCAGUCAGUCGCUUAGAUUUCCUCGUGAAGGAAUUUCAUCAUGUGCGUUUUAGGCUAUUUAAUGCGUUCUCACUUAAUAUUAUACCUUCUCCCUCCUGUCUUUGUAUUUUAUCCUUUUUUUAAGGGAGCUCAUAUACUAUUUUUUAUUUUACCAUGUUGAUUUUUUUUGACACUUUUUUUGCGAGGAAAUACUGUAUAUCCCUUCACUUUGCAAAAUAAAUUUUCUCAUUUUUCAUGCGCGCUUGUAAAAGAUGAUUCGAAUUGCAUGGAAUUAAUUGACAAGCGUUUAAAGAUUAAUAAAUCAUAAGCUAUUGAGAAUUUCUCACUUCCCCCUACGCUUUCCCUUUCAUUCCUUCUAGCUUUUUCAAUAUUUUGAGUAGGAUGACCUGAUCAAUAUGGUUGUAUAUUGCCAGUUCGAUUUCUACAUGCUUUAUAUUGGCCUAUGGAUAUACAAAAUUUCAAUAGGUUUAUCUGCAUAAAUUAAGUGAUAACUUUUCUGAAAAACAAAGUGACGGUCUUUUUUUUUCAGGAUCCUAUAAAAAGUGCAGUUGUUGAUUCCUGUAUUCGUGUCACUGACAAUGGAAGAGAAAGCAUACACAGAAAUGUGAGAAUCAUCACAUACCUACCACUCUCUUUAGUCGCGCAUCAAAGCUACUUUAUCAAACAUUUUUUUUGGAAAUUUUCAGGUUUUCUUCAUUUUUACACUGUACAACACACUGAAUCAUAAUGACCAACUUAAGGUAUAGUCAAAAUUUUCCUAAUCAACCUGUAUACUCUUUGACAAUCGCUUCCAUUGCAAUUCACUUUUGAUUCUGAUGAGGGAGUUUUAAUUCGGUAGUUGGGUGCAAGGAGCUCUGAAGAAGCUGCUAGAUGGACACGGUCUUUAAUGGAGACUGCACUUAUGGUUUUGAAUCAGAAAAGUUUUGAAGAAAUUCAUACGUCCAGGCAGAUAUUUUUCUCAGUUUUUGAAGUGUCAAGUGUUUUUUGCAUUUCAGGAAUGUCCCCACGGUGAAGGGAACAUCGUAGCCUGCUCCAAAAAGAGAUGGGAGUCUUUCAGGUUCAUUGCAUUGCAUGUCUUUUCCAGAUUUGUUUUAAUAAUAUCAUCAGCUCUUUGCAAUUAUUAAGCAGAGCUAGAAAGGUCCGAUGUUUUUUAUUGAUAGAAUUUUUGGAUUCCAGGUUGAGACGCACUAAGGGAAGAAACCUCAUGCUCUCAAUAGGUGAUUGCGCUUUAUAUUUUUUAUUUUUUUAUCAAAUUAUAAUGUAUCAGAAUUUUCAUCUCUGUUUUUAUCCCCUAAAUUUAGUUACGUUAUUUAUUCCUGUCAGAGAAUCCUGCUUAUUGAUACACGAGUGUUUCAGUAUGCAGGCACCGUUUUGUAACAGCUUGAUUGUCAGUAACUUUUUUUCUUUACGAGUAAUGGAAACUGAAGUCUUUUCAUUAAAUUUCAAUAGAUUGGACCGUCUUUUCAUCGUUAACCAACGAUCCAAUGACGUCAGAUGUUGUUGCUCCUUCUCCAUGGACAAUAUUUGACUGCAAAAAUGGUAAUGCAUUUUCAACCAGCCCCUUCCCUUAAAUGUACACUUCACGGGCAUGCUAAUCUUCUGAACAUUCGUGCAGGUCUACGUCUAUUUAAAGAAGCAAAAGACAGAAACUUUCCUGGGAAGGUAUACAUUUGGUUUGUCUUGCCAUAAAAUAUGAGUGUAUGUCAUUGCUCUAAGUUAUGUCUUGGCCCAGGAUUGGGAUGAUCACCCUGCUAUAAUGGCAGUAGGAGUUGUUGAUGCAACAUCAGAGGCGAUUUUCAGGACAGUCAUGUCUUUUGGUUCGUCAAGAUCAGAGUAUGGCUCUCCUCUUGUAGUUCUGUUAUAUCGGGUGUGUGUGUGUGUGUGUUUAUUAAUGAUAUUGCUAGAUUUCUUGUGAUACACAUUUCUUCAGUAGGUCAACUAAUAUUUAUACAGUCUCUAAAAUGGCGAUAGCAUCAAAGAAUUUUGAGUCCUCAAUUAUCAAGAUGCGACGGUUCCAUGUGUUUUACCAUCAUACAUACACUGCUACGAGUAUUCGUGACAACUCUGCAGCGGCUGCCCCACAGAAAGAUGCCGAGCUUCGACAUAUGACCUGCGUUUUACAACGCUAUUUGGCGUAUCUUAAUGUUGACCAAUCUCAUGCAGGUGGGACUUUUGUUUCUCCGAGGGUAGGGUUGUGGAACACCUGGACGGGCAUACUGAUAUCAUUCAUAAGAAAUUGAAGCAUGACUGGAUGCCUUGGUCAGAUGAAUAAUUCAUUUGGAAUUCGUCACUAAAUUUUUAGAAUCUGUAUGAGUGGGGUCCCAUUUGCAGUGUAUUAAUAGCACGGAAAUUUUUCAGGGGAAUGAAAAGAAGAGAUUUAUUGUUACAGCGUUACUGGAGAAGGGAGGAUGACGGAACAUAUGGUAGCAUAUUGAAAUUAAUCGUAGUAGGCAUCAACUUUUAAAUACCUUUCUACGUAUAACUAUGUUCUUGUUUUAUCACAGUGAUUCUCUACCACUCUGUCUUUCACGAAAGGUGUCGAUCUCAGAGAGGCUAUAUUAGAGCCUGCCUUAAAAGUAAUGUAUGCUUUGAUUUGAAAUCUAAGCUUGGGAAAUUAUCGUCUAUUUUUCUUACAUACUAAAUUAAAUUAAUGGGCUAAAAAUUCACAUUAAAAUUUCACCCCUUGAACGUCUUUUGUAGGCGGAGGAUAUGUUAUCUCCCCUGUGAACCAAGGAAAGCAAUCCGUUCUUAAGCACAUGCUUGCCAUUGAUUGGAAGUUUUGGAAGGCCUAUUUAUUCUCCUCCUCUGCAAAAAAGGUUACGAUUCGGAUGCUAGAGAGAAUAGCAGGUAGAUUCAUUUCGUGCAUUUUUUAUUGCUCAUCUCUUUCAUGUUUGAUAACUGGGAAAACCUAUGAAGCAUCAGAUAGACAUUCUUAAUGAUCCCGGCUUGCAGCACUGAGAGAACUGUUCCGAGCAAAAGUUGGGCACUUCCCUCCCUUUGAUUCCUCAUCUGGAGAAUUGACUAGGGAGAUUACCCAAGGUGAAGAGGAUGAUAUCAAGGAAGAGGUUCAAUUGCCCUGCGAGAAUGGUAACAGUAAAGACUCCAUUGAAGUAUCAGAAAAGUCACCCGUCAAAUCUGGAAAUGUGUGCGGGUCUUUUCUUCAGCUGAGUGAUGCAGCUGAUGAGUUCUUCGAUGCAGAACCAUCAGAUUAUGAAAACUCAGAAAUUAUGUGGCCUGACAAUGGAGCAUUGCACUUCCAGGUGAUUAUUUUGUACUUAUAUCCAUCUGGUGGUAUGAGUUCCAAAAUUGCACAUGAUAAACAAGGACAGAGCUUGAGGGACAAUUAGGUUUCAGUAUCAGGCAUCUAAAACCUGUGCUUCAUUCAAAAUAUUUACCUAGCCAGCGCGAACCAACUAAUUAACAUACGUCCUAUGAACUACAGGAUCAACGCCAAAACAAGCUAUCCACUGCCGCAGUUUUUGUGAAGAAGUUGCACGACCUUGCAAGUAGGCCAUGUCAGGCUAUUUUCAUCCUGGAAGGUAAUAUCGGUUAUCAUUCACUCAUGUAGUUUAGUGUUGCAGCUCAAAAAAGAGGCUAUGUUGAUUUACAAGAAGCGACACCUGGGGAUAGUGUGUCAUACAACUAUGGAGCAACUCUUCCCAAAGAUCCGAGUUGUAAUUUAUCCUGUAGUUGGACAAGUGCUGAUCCCACCACAUUUUUGAUUCGAGGGGAGACAUAUUUACAGGAUCGGAUAAAGGUAUCCGUUUCACUCUAGCUGAACGUGAAUGUUCCUUUUGCAUUAUUACCCCUGAUUUUAUUAAUAUUAUGAAGACUUUCACUCCAGGACUCAGUCAAAAAAUAGUAAAAUCAUGUUGAAAUUAGUUGGAACACUUGCUAUUUGCCACCACUCUUUGCUGUACGCCAUAAUCCAUGCACAGAUAAAAGUUCAGAAGAAUCUAUGAACUUUUGGCAUGAAUGUUGUUCACAGAAGCUUUUGCAACGAAUCUGGUGCAUGAUUUGGUUUUGAAACUAAAUUUUCUUAUGACCUUUAGUGCUUCUCCAUGAGAUUGAAAGACACAUUGCCUUGUACAGAAUGAUGGCUUGUGUGAUGUGUGUAAACAGGCGUUCAGUAGUUAUUCUGGACCUGAUUGCGGGAAGAGCAUCAUUUGAGUACGAAAAAGGGAAAUGGUGCGUCUAAGUAGUAUUUUUAUAAUAGGUAAUGGAGCUUUAAAAAUGACCGUCAGAAAAUCGUCUUAUGCAGCUAACCCAGAAAUUGCAUCGGCCAGUCUUAGAUUCGAAGUACCAUGAAUUCCUGUGGGAUGUUUCUCCUUUUUUGGGUUGUGUGUGUGGAUAACUCUGGUCUGAGGGUUUGCUUUAUUUUACAUUUAGAGGUGAUCACCGGUAAUGUUAAUGCCCGAUAUGCUAUGUGCGCCAGAAUUACGUUCCUAGGUUAUGUAUGCAGUUCUACUCUACACCUUAAGGGUAACUUCUGUUCUCACGCCAAAUGCUUGGGAUUUAAUCAUCAUAGAGUAUAUUCUGUGCUGCAGGCUGACUAGUUUUUCAGACAUUUCAUUCCAGCAGAAUUAUGGUCAAGAAUUCUUGAAGAAUGUGGUUUCACUUAAGUUAUUUCCCUGUCAUGAACAACAGAUCAAGGCUAACGAUACGCUGAUGCAAAUGGUCGCUGCCGACUGGUUGAAAUCAGAUAAACGAGAGGAUGAUCUUGGAGGCCGCCCUGGCGGCAUUGUUCAGGUACAUUCGAAGAGUUCGACCAUUUCAUUUAAAAUGAAUAGUAUCUGACCAUUGGAAGAGUUAAUUUUACUCUUGAUCUCAUGAUGUCUGAAUUUCUGAAUCGUCUUGCAGAAAUAUGCUGCACAAGGAGGGAGGGAGUUUUUCUUUAUUGUGAACAUACAGGUGGAAAUAGUGCCCCUCAUGUGUAAGGUUUAUCUGAGAGUUGUCAAAUUCUGGAGCUUCUCUCUAAUGGGUCGAUCAUAUUCAGGUUCCAGGUUCAACCACGUACAAUCUUGCAUUAUACUACAUGAUGGACAUCCCAUUGGAGAAUGUCCCAUUACUUGAAAGUUUUGUCAAGGGCGAUGACGCAUAUAGAAAUUCAAGAUUUAAGUUGAUACCAUACAUAUCUAAGGUUAUAUACCUCACCUCGCCUCGCCGUUCAUGCUUCUCUGAGGUGCAUGUAUAUGCUAAACAGACUUCAUUUUUGCUCCCCCUUGCGACAGGGCUCGUGGAUAGUCAAGCAGAGUGUAGGCAAAAAGGCAUGCUUAGUGGGACAAGCUCUUGAGAUAAACUAUUUUCGGGGCACCAACUACCUGGAGGUAAAAUCCCAUGUUUGUUAUUCACCAAAAACACUGAUAGUUUCUUUCUUCGUUGGGAUAUCUACUCAUGAUUCAUGGGUAAGACGCUGCCGGUUCCUGCGGUCUUCCUUCCCCAUUUCUAGAAGACGAGGAGAUUCUAUUUGAACACAUCUUAGGACAAAUAUGCUCUUUCCACCUCUGCUACCGUGGACCUCAAUCUGACCUCAAAUUUCCUUGUUUUCAGCUCGGAAUCGACAUUGGUUCGUCUACCGUUGCCAGGGGUGUUGUGAGCCUUGUUCUUGGUUAUCUGAACAACCUGGUGAUAGAAAUGGCAUUUCUAGUGCAGGUAAAACCACUAAGCCGUCGAUUUCCCCCCCACAAAUUAUACGUAAUCUUCUCGGUUGUUGAUGCAGGCCAAUAACCAAGAGGAGCUCCCGGAGUUCCUUCUCGGAACCUGUCGCCUGAAUCAUCUCGACGCAUCCAAAUCAGUUCCAGUGAAAACAUGGUGA